AUGGCCACACCUCCUGCUUUGUCCAUUUUAGCCAGCCUCUCAGGCGCAGGCGAUGCCUAUGCGAAGAACCAGCCAGGCUCGCGUGAGUCGCUAAUAGAGCUCUCGCGCCAGCUCAUCGCCAAGUUGGAGCUGCCGAGCGAAUUGGCUGUCGAUCGAAAUAUUUUUGGACUCCUUCGAGAAGCCGGCGCCGAUGGCGUAUUUCCCGACGUGCUCGCUGAGAAGGUCGGCAUGCAAGCGAGCCUGUUGAAGCGACUGAUGCGGCAUCUCGUCGCAAUGCACGUCUUGGACCUUGCCAACGGCAAGUUACGCGUAAAUCCUUUGAGCAAUGGCCUCGCGAUGCAAGAUUACCAGCGCAGCAUCAUGUUCUGUUACGACGUGUCCCGGCCCUCCUUGAACAGCUUUCCAAGCUUUUUCAAGGAGACGAAAUACCACGAGCCAGCGUUGUCGAAGAUCGAUGGACCUUUCAACAAGGCCUUCAGCUCAUCCCUGCCGUUCUUCGAUUGGCUUAACGCGAAUCCUCCCAACAUGCAGCACUUCGCUUCCUUCAUGGCUUGUUAUCGCGAUGGAAAGCCGAAUUGGUUCGAUAGCGGGUUUUAUCCCGUGCAAGAGAGGUUGAUAGCGGGCUUCGACCCGAGCAUUGGGGAGGCGCUCGUUGUGGACGUUGGCGGCGGAAGAGGCCAUGACAUGGUCAUGUUUGCUGCUCGAUAUCAAGAUCAUCCUGGAGAUAUCAUUCUGCAAGAUCAGGACGUGGUUAUCGGGGAGAUUGAGAACAAAGACGCACAGCCAUUCACCGCUAUCGCACACGACUUCUACAAGCCACAGCCUCUCAUGGGUGCCCGGGCAUACUCGCUGCACUCGAUUCUACACGACUGGGACGACGACCACGCGGCAAGAAUUUUGGAGAACCUCAAGCCGGCGUUGAAGUCAGGGUAUUCGAGGGUGCUGCUGAACGAGAUAGUCGUGUCGGAGGAGGAGCCAGCACUUGCGGCUACCGCGAUGGACAUGAUGAUACUGGGACACUUGAAUGUCUGCGAGCGCACAGAAGCCCACUGGAGAACGAUCAUUGAAGGAGUGGGCUUGCGAGUAAUCAACAUUUACCGCUAUCCGGGCAGCGCAGAGAGCCUAAUUGAAGCAGAGCUUGCUUUGUAA